UCACCCUACACUCCCGCAAUUCUUUCUGGUUGGUCAAUAAAUAUGAUCUUCCGCGAAUUGGCUCAUUUUUUUCCCCUCUUCCGCGCUUUCAUACACCCCGUUAACAUUUUUCUUCUUAGGCGACUCGCCGUCGCCGGCGGUCAUUUCUGCCGGAAUAUUCCAUAAAUGUUUAUCCCUACUCUCCUUCUUAAUUAUUGCCCGUAGUCAAAGAUAUUUUGGUUGAAAGGGGAAGGGUGAUAUGGAUAGACAGGAGAGUUUAAAGGUUAAUGUGGAUGGUGUGAGGGGCUUUGGACUUCGAAAUGUGAGUUCUCAAGCCUCACUAUCUGAAAUGGAUGACUUCGAUCUCUCAAAGCUUCUUGAUAAGCCGAGAUUAAACAUAGAGAGGAAGAGAUCAUUCGACGAGAGGUCACUAAGUGAGUUAUCAAUUGCAUUGACUAGAGGUUUAGACAAUUACGAGAGCACAUACUCACCUGGACAGUCAGUGUUGGAUACCCCGGCUUCAUCUGCUCGGAAUUCUUUUGAGCCCCAUCCAAUUGUGGCAGAAGCUUGGGAAGCCCUCCGAUGGUCCUUAGUGCAUUUUCGGGGCCAACCAGUUGGCACAAUUGCCGCAUAUGACCAUGCUUCUGAGGAAGUCUUGAAUUAUGAUCAGGUUUUUGUUCGAGAUUUUGUACCGAGUGCACUGGCAUUUUUAAUGAAUGGUGAGCCAGAUAUAGUUAAAAAUUUCCUAUUGAAAACCCUUCAGCUUCAAGGGUGGGAGAAAAAAAUAGAUAGAUUCAAGCUUGGGGAAGGUGCUAUGCCAGCUAGUUUCAAAGUUCUUCAUGAUCCAGUUCGCAAGACUGAUUCUGUAGUUGCAGAUUUUGGUGAGAGUGCAAUUGGAAGAGUAGCACCAGUUGAUUCUGGAUUCUGGUGGAUAAUUCUUCUUCGUGCAUAUACAAAAUCUACUGGAGAUUUAUCUCUGGCUGAAAAACCAGAGUGCCAAAAGGGAAUCAAACUUAUUAUGAGUCUGUGUCUAUCAGAAGGAUUUGACACUUUUCCGACUUUGCUGUGUGCUGAUGGGUGCUCAAUGAUUGAUCGUAGAAUGGGUAUAUAUGGGUAUCCUAUUGAGAUUCAAGCACUCUUCUUUAUGUCUUUGAGAUGUGCUUUAGCAUUGCUGAAGCAUGACGAAGAUGGCAAUGAGUUUAUUGAGAGAAUAGUUAAGCGUUUGCAUGCACUGAGUUAUCACAUGAGAAGUUAUUUUUGGCUCGACUUUCAACAGUUAAAUGACAUAUAUCGCUAUAAAACUGAAGAAUAUUCCCAUACUGCAGUUAAUAAGUUCAAUGUUAUUCCGAAUUCAAUUCCCGAAUGGGUAUUUGAUUUUAUGCCUAUGCGUGGUGGUUAUUUUAUUGGAAAUGUUAGUCCUGCGAGGAUGGAUUUUAGAUGGUUUGUUUUAGGUAAUUGUGUGGCCAUUUUAUCUUGUCUUGCCACUACCGACCAAGCUUCUGCUAUUAUGGAUCUUAUUGAAGAACGAUGGGAAGAGCUUGUAGGAGAAAUGCCUCUGAAAAUAUGUUAUCCAGCAAUCGAAAGUCAUGAAUGGCGAAUUGUAACUGGAUGUGAUCCGAAAAAUACAAGAUGGAGUUAUCACAAUGGCGGAUCUUGGCCAGUGCUUUUAUGGUUGCUAACGGCUGCAUGUAUCAAGACUGGACGGAUACAAAUUGCAAGACGAGCAAUUGAUCUUGCAGAGAAUCGUUUGCUCAAGGACGGUUGGCCUGAAUAUUAUGAUGGAAAAUUAGGAAGAUAUAUCGGUAAACAAGCGAGAAAGUACCAAACAUGGUCUAUUGCUGGAUACCUCGUGGCAAAAAUGAUGUUGGAAGAUCCUUCACAUUUGGGGAUGAUCUCCCUUGAAGUCGACAAGCAAAUGAAGCCCGUUAUGAAGAGAUCUUCAUCGUGGACUUGCUGAAGAGAAAGAAAGAGACAAUGACAUUAAGAAAUAGAGAAACAAAACGUCAGAAAAUCUUAUUUCGUUUUGUUAAGAAAAUUGCUUUACGAAGAUUUACGUAUGUUUAGGCGUGAUGACAUGUUUGGUUUUGUGUACAUGACGCUUCUCAAUGUAAACCACUUCAAGACUACGGCUACUAAAAUGGGAGUAAAUUUCAUCAAAAUUACCUUAAUGGAGUUAAAGCAAUCAUCCUCGUUCUA